AUGGCGUGGUCCUAUGGUGUGAGAGAUGGUGGCUCAACGUUUGAGGGCUCAGAGCUGAUGAUGAUUGCGGGAAUGAUUUUUAUGUCUGUUUUAGUGAUUUCAACGGUCAUUUUUACUUGUGGGGACCCCUCUAACAGCAUAAAGGAAGACGAUGGUGAUGACUCUUCUAACGGAGAAAGGAAACGUAGGGGUAAUGGAGGUUAUUAUGGAGGUGGAGGUGGCGGUAGUGGUGGAGGCACCGCUUGCGGUGGGGGAGGAGGUGGAGGUGGAGGCACCGCUUGCGGUGGGGGAGGAGGUGGAGGUGGAGUCACCGCUUGCGGUGGGGGAGGAGGUGGCGGUUGUGGUGGAGGCGGUGGUGGUGGUGGAUGCUGA